AUGACCUGCUCCGUCUCUUUUAGUGAGACAUCCCGAAGUGUUCUUGAAACUCUUGUACGUGUCAAAAGAGACCAUGGGUUCAACAGCAAGCUGGACAAUCCCAAAGAAUGGCUCUCCGACCAGUUAACCGAAGCAGGAAGGGCACCAGAGUAUUUGCCGUCCUGCAUAAAGCCAGGGUCGAAGGACCAAGGCGCCCAGCAUCGGCGACUGGUCAGCAAAGGAGAAGAACCAAGAUCGCCUUUUCGGGUCCUCCUGCAUCUUCCAAGCCAAGCCAGCAUCAUGCGCCCCGUCCCGGCUCCGGCGUUUCUCCGCGUCCUCAGGCUCCUGCUGCCGCUGGUGGCCAGCGGCUGGGGCCCCGCCGUCGCCUCCCCCAUCUGGAGCAACGCCGACGAACUGGUCCACCUCUACACCUCCAGCGCCAGGAAGAGCAUCCACCUGCAGAUCCAUCCCGACGGACGCGUGGAUGGCAGCCCGUCCCAGACCGUGCAUAGUGCUUUGAUGAUCAAAACUGAAAGUGUGGGCUAUGUAGUGAUCAUUGGUGCGAACAGCGGACUCAACCUUUGUAUGGACAAUAACGGAAAUCUCUUUGGAUUGAAUUCCUUCGGCAACGAGGAUUGCGUUUUUAAACACACGCUACUCGAAAACGGCUAUGAUAUUUACCAGUCCCCCAAGUACAACUACCUGGUUAGCCUGGGGAGGGCAAAGCAACUGUUGUUUCCCCAUAUGAAUCCGCCGGCUUUCUCUCAGUUUUUAACCCGAAGGAACGAAAUCCCCUUAAGCCAGUUCAACACGCCGGUGCCUCAGCAACGAGACCGCUGGGACGACGAUGCCGAGCUGUGCGGGGGCAUCUUGGCAGGAAAGAUACCGGAAGAAAGCCCAGAUGAGGUGGGCAUCCACCCUUGCUUGACCAGCUCAAAUUCUGAAGAGAGAGACCCAAACGGCGCCACGCUGAGCCGAAGGUUUCCUAGCCCCCGAACGGAUUCCUGA